AUGAAAUUCUUUUCCCAGAUCCUGGCAACGGUGGCUCUACUGGCAACCGGCACUAUUGAGGGAGGUACUGCGGCGGACGACCAUUUUUCCGGUAAUUUUGGCACACUGUAUGGCGAGCCGCACGGCAAACCUUUCGACGAUUCAAGUUUUGCCAGGGCCGGGGAAAUCGUGCAAUCCGUCUCGAUCCGCACCGGCGAGCGUGUGAACGGCGUUGGAAUUGCCGUUGAGGUCCCGGGAGGAAAGCGGGCGUCUCAGUUCCGCGGCGGUGAGGGUCGCGAAACCCAAACGCUCAUUAUGAGACCCGGUGAGCGCGUUAAGUGCAUCGAGGCCCACACGGGUAAACACCAUGGUCGUACGCGCGUCAGGUACAUCAAGAUUACCUCCACGACGGGUAAAGAAAUCAAAUGUGGCACCAUGGCGUCAGACAAGGCAGGAGCUAUCGAUGGCUUCCAACUUGGUGGCUUCCAUGGGUCUUCGGACGUGGAGCUUGACCAAAUGGGCGCGAUCUGGGUCGUGAAUUAG